GAUGAAUUCAACUUUUCCGGUUGGAUUAUCCCUGCGCAUCUUCUCAACACUGCCAUCCUUUUUUAUGCUGCGUAUAAUUAUAUUGUGCAGUUUAUGCGUAUAUAUCAGGGGCUAUCCGAGCAAGAUCUCGGGGACGUGCGGAAUAUUAGUAGCCCGUCAGUUCCGGAGAAUCGGACAAUCGUCAACAGGAUCGUCUACGCGAGACGAAGCCGACAAUACGAUCAUCCAGCCAUUGUGGCUGUCAAUGAGCCAGAUGUGGUCCUAUGACAAACGCUAGUUUGACGUCAGUCGUCGAUUAUCCGCUAGGUCUGAUCGGAUCACAUCGUUAUGAACCGACUCAGCCGCAGUCUCGUCCUCUUUUUAAUAUGGACAUUUGUUGACACGUCGGCUUCUUCUGGAAUUAGAACAUAAACAACGAACACGCCGGUCAGUGCAUCGUGCAAGAUCCUUACCCAGGUACCUAAGGUAUCAAUGCGACUAAAAGUCGCUUCCUCAGGUCGAACACCUUCAGAUACCUACCUAGCAGCCUAAUAAUAGCCUACUGGGUAGGUAUCUAAAGCACAUGUUAUUUAACGGAAUCGAAUUAUAUGAAGAUUCCGAAUAAAUUCGGAGACCGCGGGGUGUUAGCUUGGUCCGCCGAGCCGGCAUCACGGAGCCAGUACGGAUGUUGAAACACACUUCCCGGUCUCGUACAAUGUCGCUGUGCCUACUUAGGUAAUUGCUGAUUGGGUCUAUUCCCUUGUUAUACCAUCCAUGUAAAGUCAUGUACGCUGUACGUCCACGGUAUGUAAGGGUAUACCUUAUCAAUCUGACCUAUUCCUCUUGGAAGCGGUAAGGAAUAAGGAAUAAGCAACUGGGAG